CAGACCCGGCUGGAAAGGCAACAAGGCUCGCAACAUCAUGCCCAUCAUUGGCCGGUCUUGCGUGAUGCUGCAGGUCAGCUUCCAAAAUCAGUCGCCCAUGCUGACCAUUUUUAUGCAGCCGGGCUGCUUCUUUCAUUUAUAGGCCCCGUCUGGCAUGUGUCUUCCCACCUCAUCCGACUCACUCCACCUUUUCCAUCUGUCAUCUCUACCUAGAUUCUUUCUUAUAUCUUAUCCGUGGUUCCUUCUUCUCUGGCCAAGAUCUUAGCCAUCUACCAACACGAGAAAAAAACUCAUUCCCAUCCUAUCACAUCACAAUGUCUGCUGCUGCUGCUCCUCCUGCUCCCCCGGUUAACCCUGACCGGCCCGAGACGGGUCACUCGGCUGGCAAGAGUUCCUUGUCCAGCAAGUCGGACCCGAACCAGGCGUUGAGAGGUGAAGAGGCUGUGUACAGCGUUGGAUCGAGUGGAUUCUCUCUGCGCUCAAUGCAGCAUCGCGAUCGCGAGGGCAAAGUCAUCACUGAACCCGACUUGUCCAACCCUACCCGUUACCGAUUCGAGCGGCCGCUGGACACCAUUCGAUCGUUCGAGGCAGCCAUCGAGCGACGUCGUCGUGAGGCCAUGUGAGAUCACACAUGGCGUGUGAAAAUACUGCGAAUGAUGUUUGAUUCUUGUCAUUAUGUUUGGGUUCGGCGCUGGACGACGUAUGGAUAUGGACAUGGAUAUGAUUUGGUUUGAUUGAGCGUGUAUAUUACUUUACUGGGUAUGCUUCUGGAAUAUUACCUGCUAUCUUAUCA